CUCCCUCAUAUCUUUCUCCCAUCGGUUCUUGUAAUACGGACUACUACGGAGAAGGAUUUUCAUUUCACAGACCAUUUCUUCGUCUUUAGGGUUAAUUCUCCCGCAGAGAGCUUGAAGAAGAACCAAUCGGCACUUGUAUUUCAUGUAGCUUACUUUCGAAUUGGCUUUUGUUUCGUUACAACCAGGAGAUAUGGGCAAAGUAUACUAUUAUUUACUAUAGUAGUCAUAAAUGUUCGAGAUUACCGAAGAAUUUUGAAUAGCAUUGCUGUGUAGAAGUACAAGAAGCUUGAUAUGGAUUUGGUUUUAUUUGUCACUUCAGAUGGCAGCUUCACCUAAUGUGGAGCUGGAAGCUGCAAAAUUUCUGCAUAAACUUAUUCAGGAAUCAACGGAUGAACCAACAAAAUUGGCUACUAAACUCUACGUGAUACUACAACAUAUGAGAUCAAGUGGGAAGGAGAAUUCAAUGCCAUAUCAAGUAAUAUCAAGGGCAAUGGAGACUGUUAUCAAUCAACAUGAUCUUGAUAUUGAGGCUUUAAUGUCUUCACGUGUUCCUUCUAAUACUGGAGUUCAAGCGGGGAAUACUGGAGUUCAAGCGGGGAAUACUGGAGUUCAAGCGGGGAAUACUGGAGUUCAAGCGGGGAAUACUUCUUCACCUCAGUUAACAGGGUCUUCACAAACAUUUCCAUCAGGGAGAGAUCAUGAGGUGGGUAUGUCUGAAAAGGAUUUGGUAGAUCUACAUCCUUCAAGCAGAUCAUCAGUUGUCCGGAGUAGUGUAGGUCAUGAUAGUCGUCAAGGAUCUCUAUCCCAUAUCAGCAACAAAUCCUUUGAGCAUGAAAGUCCCUCAAGCUUUGAAACCAGGUCGGCCAACUCUCAAUCGCAGGAAAGGCGGGAUGUAACUCGCAAUGAUAGUAAAAAAGCCAAAGGGAAGAGAAAGAGGGGCACUUCGUCAUCUACUGUUGAACCACAUAUUGAUAAUCCUGGUGAACGAACAAGCAAAGGAAAGUUGGCAAACCAGGUUGAAGCAACUGGGAAUUUGCCUUUCUUAGUUGGCGAGCAUGGGCAGUUCAAUAAAGCAAAUGACAGUACCCAAGUGGAUCAUAGCUUGAAAACUACAUACAACAGCAACUUAAUGUCUAGAGUUCCAAGUAUUAAAUAUCCUGCAGUAGAAGCUUCUUCCGUUCAGGGUCUACAGCAUGCAAGUUCUGGACCAACAACCACUGAUGCUUUUAAUUUCAGAAAUCCAUGGAAAUCAGCUGGAAACGUUACUGGAUCUGCCACCGGUGCACAUCGAUAUGUAGAACCGGGAAUCUCAAAUCCCAUGCAUUUCACGAGUGCUUCAUAUAAUAAUCCUGGUCCUGCAAAAAUGAAGCUGGAUAGGAACAUGGAGGCUUCUUCUAUUACAACACCUUCAGUUGAUCCCUCUGCAGCUAAAUCUGCUGCUGAUUCCGAGUAUUGGAAACACGGAGAUCCCAGGGUUUCAUCAUCAGCUGUUCAUAGUAGAACUGGGGUGGGGCAGUUCAUAUCAUCCAGUUAUGGAGAGUUGGCAUCUUCUACAUUGUUUGCUGGAAAACCUAUGGAGCAGGAUGGGGCUAUAUCAAAUGCAUAUAUAAACAACAAUAAGCAGCUUAUUCAGGGUGGGAUGCCAGGCAAUAAUAUGGAAACUAAUAUGAUUAGAGGUGCGCCUUCAAGGGAUACAGGGAAAUCUCCAAUUACACAGACUCAUGCUUCCUCUGGCAUGCCUUUCAAGGAACAACAUCUGAAACAGCUUAGAGCUCAAUGUCUUGUCUUUUUGGCAUUCAGAAACAAUAUGUUGCCAAAAAAACUACAUCUGGAAAUUGCAAUGGGGGAUUUCCAAUCAAAAGAAGAUGAACCUAGGAAGGAGCUGAUGUAUAUUAAAGGGGAGGAACAAUCAAUGAGUGAAUCAAAUUGCACUCCUGUAGGCAAUUUUCCAUCAAGACUGAGUAUAACAAGAGAAUCAGAAACAGCUCUCCCAACAUCCUCAUCAAGUGAAAUUGGUCCUCAGGUGAACUUAGCAAAAGCUGUUGAUCCAGUAGAGAAUAAAGACGGCCUUCCUUCAAAUCAUUCCUUGCAUGCAGAGGAAAGGACUCUUCAUUCAUAUUCUGCAAGAGGCAGAGAGGCUGAAAUACCAGAAUCACGCAUGUCUCUUGCUAUGGAUCCAAAACCAGAUUCAUUAAAGGGAAUGCAGGGCAGUAAUCUGAACAGAGAUGGAGAAAGUUGGAGGCAAUCUGGAAAUCCAAAUCAUGCUUUUUCUUUAAUGUCCACAAGCAAACAAAUGAGGUCUGAUACUGUUAACUGGAAAGUUCAAGGUGAUACUGUUAAGGCAUGUGGUCCUAGUUCUCUAAAUCUCCUUGAAUCAGCCAUCGAUGGAAAAAAUAACGCAUCACAGCAAAAUCAAAGUCUGGGUGAUCAUGAUAUACAAGGUAUGCGUUAUCCUGAUAACUACUUGGCAAGAGAUCAAUGGAAACCAAUCCUGGGGAGAGAAACUGAAAAUCAUGCAGUUGGGCUGACAGGUACCAAUCUUUUGGCUAAGAAUAUGCUGGAGAGUUCAAAUUUUUUACCUGGUGAUGAUGUGGAAAGAAAUGUUGGUCCUUUAGGACCAGUGGUAACUUUUCAAUAUGAGGAGGACAACUCUGAUGGUGGGGAUUUGCCUCCAUCUCCGAAGUAUACCACUUCAGAGAAGUGGAUCAUGGAUCAGCAGAAAAGAAGGGCUCUAGUUGAGCAAACAUGGAGGCUGAAACAACAAAAGACCGAGCAAAAAAUUGGUGCUUGUUUCGAGAAGUUAAAGGAAAAUGUGAGCUCAUCUGAAGACAUUUCAGCAAAAACAAGAAGUGUAAUUGAACUGAAGAAGCUUAAGUUAUUGGAGAUUCAGCGUCGACUUCGGAGUGAUAUACUAAGUGAUUACUUUCGACCAAUAGCAACUGAGAUGGAUCGUUUGAAGUCCAUCAAGAAAAACAGGCUAGGUAGGAGACCAAAGCAAAUAGAAAGAUUUGAGCAAAAGAUGAAGGAAGAACGACAAAGGAGAACACGUGAUAGACAAAAGGAGUUCUUCAGUGAAAUUGAAGUUCACAAGGAGAGACUAGAUGAUGUGUUCAAAAUGAAGAGAGAACGUUGGAAAGGUUUCAAUAGAUAUGCGAGAGAGUUUCACAAAAGGAAGGAAAGGGUACACCGUGAGAAGAUUGACAGAAUCCAGAGAGAGAAGAUCAAUCUGUUAAAAAUAAAUGAUGUGGAGGGGUACCUUCGAAUGGUUCAGGAUGCAAAAUCAGAUCGUGUUAAGCAACUAUUGAAGGAGACAGAGAAAUACCUCCAAAAGCUUGGGUCCAAACUGCAGGAGGCAAAGGCCACAGCAAGACAUUCUGAAACUGAUAUUGAUGAUAGUUAUGUCUCAAACAUUUUUGAGAACAACGAUGUAGAAAAUGAAGAUGAAGCUGAUCAGGCAAAGCAUUACAUGGAAAGCAACGAGAAAUAUUAUCUAAUGGCUCACACUGUAAAGGAAACCAUUGCAGAACAGCCAACUUCCCUUGAGGGUGGAAAACUAAGAGAGUAUCAAUUGAAUGGACUUAGAUGGCUGGUUUCACUUUAUAAUAACCAUCUGAAUGGUAUUCUUGCUGAUGAAAUGGGUCUUGGUAAAACUGUUCAGGUUAUUUCAUUGAUAUGUUACCUAAUGGAAACAAAGAAUGACAGAGGCCCGUUUCUAGUUGUAGUGCCGUCCUCUGUUCUGCCUGGAUGGGUUUCAGAAAUCAGCUUCUGGGCUCCUAGCAUAAACAAAAUUGUCUAUUCAGGACCUCCUGAAGAGAGACGAAGACUAUUUAAGGAAAGAAUUGUUCACCUGAAGUUCAAUGUUCUCCUUACAACAUAUGAGUACCUGAUGAAUAAGCAUGAUAGACCAAAGUUGAGCAAGGUAGACUGGCAUUAUAUUAUAAUUGAUGAAGGCCAUCGAAUAAAGAAUGCUUCCUGCAAGUUGAAUGCUGAUUUGAAGCAAUAUCGUAGCGCGCACAGGUUGCUAUUGACAGGGACCCCUCUGCAGAACAAUCUGGAGGAACUCUGGGCACUACUUAACUUCUUGUUGCCUAAUAUCUUCAACGCUUCUUGUGAUUUUUCUCAGUGGUUUAACAAACCAUUUGAGAGCAAUGGUGAUAAUUCACCUGAUGAAGCUCUACUUUCUGAGGAGGAGAAUCUUCUCAUCAUCAACCGUCUACAUCAAGUUCUGCGACCAUUUGUACUCCGUAGACUAAAACAUAAGGUGGAAAAUGAAUUGCCUGAGAAGAUCGAAAGGCUCGUAAGGUGCGAGGCCUCUUCAUAUCAAAAACUUUUAAUGAAGAGAGUGGAUGAGAACCUUGGUGCUAUUGGGACUUCAAAGGCACGGACGAUUCACAACUCUGUGAUGGAGCUGCGUAAUAUAUGCAAUCAUCCUUAUCUUAGUCAGCUUCACGUGGAGGAGGUUCAUGACUAUGUCCCUAAGCAUUAUUUGCCAAAUGUUGUGAGACUGUGUGGGAAGCUGGAAAUGUUAGACCGAAUAUUACCGAAGCUAAAAGCAACUGAUCAUAGGGUCCUGUUUUUUUCCACUAUGACUAGGCUUCUCGAUAUUAUGGAGGACUAUCUCUGGGUGAAACAGUACCGCUAUCUUCGUUUGGAUGGGCAUACUGCUGGUGGAGAUCGAGGAGGUCUAAUUGACCAGUUCAACCAACCCAAUUCACCGUUCUUUAUUUUUUUGCUUAGCAUCCGAGCUGGAGGUGUUGGUGUAAAUCUUCAAGCUGCUGAUACCGUGAUCAUUUUUGACACAGACUGGAAUCCGCAGGUUGAUCUACAAGCCCAGGCACGGGCACACAGAAUUGGUCAAAAGAAGGAUGUUCUUGUUCUUCGUUUAGAAACGGUCCAUUCAGUGGAGGAACAGGUUAGGGCUGCAGCGGAGCAUAAACUCGGAGUUGCUAAUCAGAGCAUUACUGCUGGUUUUUUUGAUAACAACACUAGUGCUGAAGAUCGAAGAGAAUAUCUGGAGGCUCUUUUGCGGGAGUCUAAAACGGAGGAAGCAACACCUGUAUUGGACGAUGAUGCAUUGAAUUAUCUCAUUGCCCGAAGUGAAUCUGAAAUAGAUGUAUUUGAGUCGGUGGAUAAACAAAGAAAGGAAGAAGAAUUGGUGAAGUGGGAAAAUAUGAUGGUAGAACAGGGAAAGAAAGCCUGUGAUCUUCCACCUUCUAGAAUUCUUACAGAUGAUGACAUCAGACCAUUUUACGAAGCAAUGAGCAUAUCUGAAGUAUCUGCUCCUCGGGCGGCAUCUACUUCUGGGUCUAAACGGAAGAGAGGGCAGGGUGGGGGCCUCGACACACAGCAUUAUGGAAGGGGAAAAAGAGCAAGAGAGGUCCGAAACUAUGAAGAGCAAUGGACAGAAGAGGAGUUUGAGAAGUUGUGUAAAGCUGAUUCUCCAGAUUCUCCAAAGCCAAAAGAAGAAGUGGAGAAAAUUUUGCCAGUGCUUGCCGGCGAGCUCAUUACUGAUUCUAUUCAACUUGAACCAACCGAUGCUACUCAACUUGAACCAACCGAUGCUACUCAACUUGAAGCAACAGAUCCCUCCAUGUUAUCACCCAAUGUUCCAACAGGAACUCCUACCCAACCUAACAAGGAUAUAAUUCCACCAACCAGUGUUACUCCUUCAUUAAAUUUAACUCCGAUCCCCACUGUAACUCCUCCAGCUAAAAGGGGACGUGGAAGGCCAAAAAGAGUGAAAGUGGAUAUCUCCUUCACUGCUGCAGUCCCAAUACCUUCUGGAGUCUCCACAACUAAUUUGACUCCCCAGAGUGCUCCUGUUCCAGUCAACCCUAUUGCACCUGCUGCUUCUAGCUCACAGGCCCUCUCUCCACUUCCAGCUGUUGUCUCUCCUACUCAACCUGUUUUGGAGAAUGUAAACACUGUAGCUGCGACACCAAGGCGUAGAGGAAGAAAACCCGCUUCUGUUGCUCAAACUCAACUUCCUUCAGCUCCCACCAUAAAGUCUGAGCUGGGAACCGAGAGAGAAACUCUUCUCAACUCGCCAAUUGCCUCGUCUCAUGAUACGCCCCCCGGUUUUACCCCUGUGAAAGCUUUGCCUGCUAUCCCGGUUCUUCCGGCUUCUUUUGGAGACAAAAAGGAAUUGGAGGCGAAUCCUGUUGAUUCUACUCCAGCUACUUCUGUUGCAAACAGUAUUACUGUAACUGUUCAUAAUCAGGUUGUUUCAGUUCUUCCUAGUGCCCAAGAUGUUUCUCCCUCUCUUCCUUCUAGUUCUGUUUCUCAAUCUGUUGUCAUUGAGCCUGGUGUAAACAAGCAGCCUGCUGGACGAGGUCGUGGAAGUCAAUCAUCUGUAGAAGUUCAGGUGCCAAGACGGAGAGGUAGGAGAUCUGCAACGAUAGAGCCUGUUUCUGACCAAGUAGUUGGCCAGAUUCCACAGUUAAACGAACAACAAACAAAAGGUAGAGGUAGGGGAGGAAAAGCUAUUAGUACCCGGAGAAAAAGAGAACUUGAAGCUUUGGAAGUGAUGAAUAACACCACCGGACAGGAAGUGGGGUCUACCGAAGUAUUGGAUGUUCCUUCCAAACGCAAGAAACAAAAAAACGUUUCGAGUACAGGGGAGAAUGUGGACAAAUUCUCUGGCGAGCCCCACAAGGAUGAAAUUGUCGGAAAAACACUUGAGAAUGCUGACACUGCCUUAGAAAAGACACCUGCUUCAAUGGAUAAUGAGAUUGGCAGUGGUAACUCAGCGAUUGCAGUUGAAUUGGAGAAGCCUGAAGUUCUGGUAUCUUGUGGUCGGCAAGAUCAGAGUUCAAGAAUGGUUGAGAAAUCUGACAAUUCUAGUGACAAGCGGGAAAAGGAAUUCCCUACAAGUGAAGGUACAGACAAACAUGCACAUAAAUAUGGUAUUGAGAUAACAGAGGUUGAUGGACUAAGGGUUGAACAUACACAUGAAAAGGUUGUCAUUUCUAACCCGAAGACGAUUAAUAAUCAAAAUUCAGAUACAAAGUCUUUGGAUUUGUCAACAGAGUCAAGAAAGGUAUCUUCAACUUUGGAAGUGAAGAAUGAUGUUGAGGUGCAGUCUUCUGAACUUUGUUCUGAUGAAUUAGGAGAACAAAAGAUCAACAAAGUUAUUCAGCAGCAAAAUAGCUUGUCAACAAAUGUCAAUGAUGGAAAUGGAGCUGACAAAGUAGGUGCAACAACACAGUCUGUCCUGAAUUCUGUUAAGUUCCCUGAGGGGGUGGAUAAUCAAUGUAUAGAUAAGAUUUCUGAUGAUAAAGAUAAGAUUCAAGAAGGUGAUAGUACAAGCAACCUCCCUACAAAGUCUCCGACUCUGAUUGAGAAAGCACAUGAAAGCGAAUGUGGUGGUAGUGUUUCUAGGUCUGAGAUUUCUGAUAAGCAAAGUCUUGUGGCAGAAGUACCAGCAGCUAUGAAACUUUUAGCUUCAGAUUUACCGAUGAUAAAUAUCAGUUCAGAGCUGGCUCUUGAGGUCGAGACAACUGAAAGGAGUGCUGAUGUUUCCAUUGAUGCAGCUCCUCUGGAAGCUUUUCCUCCUGAAAUUGAGAAAGUAGAUGGACAAGAAAGUGACAGUGAUGGUUCUGUCAUCGAAAAGGUAUUUGUGUCGGCAUCGGAGGGGGAUGAUAAACAAAUUCCGGUGAUAGCUGAACCAGAAACACUAGUAGUUUCAGCUUCAGAUUCAAUAUUGACUGAUGUAGUUCCUGGACAGACUCUUGAUGUUUCAACUGAUGCUGAUCAUAUUUCAGCUGGAUUGAAAAAUUCCCCCCCUGAAAAUAAGCUUCAAAAGGGCGAAUGUACUAGUGACCAUUCGGAGAAGUUUGAGACUACAACAGAAAAAUUAAAUGGAGGUGGCAGUGAUGACUCUUUCCCGGGAAAGGCCUUGAUUCUAGAGGCAUCAGCAACAAUUGAAAUGCCAGGUUCAGAUUUGAAGGAGUCUAAUGUCAUUGAGGAACAGGCUACUGAAGAUAUUACUACCAAUGACUUAAACCCAUACAAACAAAUGGAGAAUACACAUGGCCAAGGAUUGGAUGAGAAGCCUUUAUCAGAAUCUGAAACUAAAAUGGCUGCUUCUGGUGUAGAUCCUACAGUGACAGAUGGAAGCAUGAACAAGGAUAAUGUUUCAGCGACUGAAGAUGUAAGAUCACUGGAUCCUAAAGGCAGCCAGAUGGAGAUCACAAAUCCGAUGGCUGAGUCUGGGAUUCAAACAGAAGUGGUUGUGGGAGACUCAAUCCCUGGGAAUUCCCUGGCUUCAGAAACUGAGAUUUCAUGCUUCAAGGUGGAAACUUCUAUUGACAUGGCUGAUCAUAGUAGUGGAGGAGAUGACAAAACAAGCAUACUGGUGAACAACGAAACUAGAUCUACUGAUGAGCCAUUGAAAUCUCCAGACAAUGAUGAUAUUGUAACUGAGAAUAUGGAUAUGGAUACCACUGCCAAUUGUGUUUUUGAAACGGAAAAUAGCCAUGAUGAUAUCGUUACAUGUACUGGAACUCCUGAAAAUUCAACUAAGAUGGAUGCAGAAGAAAAUGAGAAUAAUUCCUCUGACGAGUUGAUGAGAUCUGAUACUCGUGUUUUGGGGGAAAAUGCUUCAUCAGAAACGGAUAAUACAGAAAAUACCAAUUUGGAGAUGUCCAUUAUGGGCAAUGCUAAGGCAGAUAGUUUGAUUGAUCAAGAAAAACCAAACGUUCCAGCUGAGAACAAUCUAGGCAAUAUCUCGUCAUCUGGAGAUGAUUUUGCUGUUUCUUCAGAUGCAACUGAAAAUCAAGCCGGGAAUAAUGACUCCUCUGCAGGGCAAUUGAAUGAGUUAAACAUGGAGGAGGAAGAGGCUCAUCUCUCUAAGAAAGAAACGGUGGAUGUACAGAUAUCUGAGUCAUUAGAUACGGUUAUGAUUGAUGUCCAACCACCCUCUGAAGCCCAAUUGAUGGAUGAUUUAGCUAAUCCGGAUCCAAAACAACCUGAUUCCUCUGACCAAACUCAUUUUCAGUCUGAAAAUGAAGUGGUCCCAUUAGAAACCACCCCUGUUUCACCUGAAAGGGAGGGAGAUUCCAUUACAGAAUGUACCAGUCCUAAACCGGAUGAUAAAAUUCACGAUUCUGUUGCGGUUACAAGGGAGAGUGAAAUUCAAGAGUUUGAUGCGGCUGUGGAGACAACCUCAAUUUCUGUCAUGCCUAUUAUCAAUGACGGUCUAACACUGGAAGUUGGAGAAUCCCCAUCUCAAGGACUUCAAAUUCUCUUGACUGCAGAAGAAGAAGCUCCCGAGGCUGAUGCAGCUCUUUCUCAGCUACCAGAAACUAAAGUUGAAACUGGAGAUUCAGCUUCUAAAGACGAUACCAUACAGAAAGCUGAAGAGAAAGCAGCAGUGGAAGAAACUAGGUUGGGCAGAUCAGAUAUUAUUUUGAAGGAGGAUGAAGCUGGAGAUUCAGCUUCUAAAGACGAUACCAUACAGAAAGCUGAAGAAGAAGCAGCAGUGGAAGAAACUAGGUUGGGCAGAUCAGAUAUUAUUUUGAAGGAGGAUGAUGCUAUUGUGGUGAAGGGUGGUCAGAUUAUUUUGAAGGAGGAUGAAGCUGGAGAUUCAGCUUCUAAAGACGAUACCAUACAAAAAGCUGAAGAAGAAGCAGCAGUGGAAGAAACUAGGUUGGGCAGAUCAGAUAUUAUUUUGAAGGAAGAUGAUGCUAUUGUGGUGAAGGGUGGUCAGAUUAUUUUGAAGGAGGAUGAAGCUGGAGAUUCAGCUUCUAAAGACGAUACCAUACAGAAAGCUGAAGAAGAAGAAGCAGUGGAAGAAACUAGGUUGGGCAGAUCAGAUAUUAUUUUGAAGGAGGAGGAUGCUAUUGUGGUGAAGGGUGGUCAGUUUAUAUCGGUGCUUGAGACGAUUAAAUGUUUGAGAUCAAAAUCGACUUCUUCAGGACUCGAUUAUCCUUAUCCUUACUGACUGUCUCGAUAUGGCAUAUGGUCUAUUUUGAAAUAGAAAAACAAAAGGUAGAUAUUAUGAUUAGUUAGUAGUGUUAAUAUACUCCUCUUUUCAUAUAAGUUGCAAACCUCAUAUUUAUAGCUGCUGUUCUCCAAUCUCCCAACAUAUUGUAAUUGUCACCUUCUAUUGAUAAUCCCCCAUGUGUAUGAAACUAUUUACAACUCAACAAUUAAGGGAUAAGUCUCUGUUUUUGCACUCCCUUU